AGCAGCAGCAACAGGAAAUACAGCAAAGCGGCUUCAACAGAGCUAACGACGCCACACAUCAUGGACACAGCCGUGUUUGAGUGGAGAUAACCGGGCUUGAGUGUGCUAUUUAAACUCACUAUGAACCACAGAGUCGAAACUUUAUCACAGGAGUCGCCAAAAAAAGUGAAGAAAUACUCCCGGCACAUUACACACGAGAUGUCAAGUCAACUGGACAGCUCAACUUCAAGAAAAAGGAAGACCAGCUCUGCAGUCAAAAACUCCAGAAAGGUUUCUGCUACCAAGAGGAGAUAUAUGAAAAAAUCAAAGAUGCACUCAGCAACAGAGAGCACUUCAUUAGCCGGUGGUUACAGCGAAGCAGCCAUUCCGCUGAGGAGAAACUCUGGCAUCAGCUGUGAAUGCUACCAGUAUGCGGACCGGAGGAGAUGCUCGGCAUCGCCGGAGCCCGAAGGACAAGAGGGCAAAGAGAACAAGUUGAGGACGAGGCUGGACGUGGAUGGCUGCAGCACGACUGACAUCCAGGACAAACCAGAGUGUGAGGAGAUGGAAUAUGAAGAAACCAGCAAGCACCUUUUCCCAGAUGAUGACAGCAAUCAGAUUCUUCCUGUCGAGCAGUUCUUUGGAAAUUUGGAUAUUGUACAGGACUUUCCUCAGGGAUCGUCGGCCUCUUCUGUCCAGAAGGAGAACAGGAGGCGACAUUUUUAUGCACCAGAGGACAGCGAUGAAGACGAGGUGGGCUUCAGCACUACACCACAGAACUUCACGAGAGACAUUUAGUAAACUGAUCUGAUGACUGCGGUGGACUCAAAAGUAAUGUCAGGGGGUGGACAUAAACCCCUCAGCACUUACAAAAAACAAAAAAAAACGGCCAAAUGAAACCAUCCAGACUCUCAAUCUAACCAGUUCCUUGUCAUAUAAUGUGGGAGGAUUCCGUGGCCCCAUAUGCUGAAAUGAUUUGUGGCAGAGUUGAACUAGGUUGUCCAUUGUUUGAAAUGUCCGUCCAUUUGCACAACAAAUGCCAAAUUUGCUCUCUAUACACAAACACUGGGUUGAGCACUAAAGAGUUAAUAGUUCAAUUAUUUGUAGAAAAUGACCCAAUGCAGUUGUACUUUAAUUAUUUAUUGCUAAAUUUGGGCUCAGACCACCCCAGUUCUAGUCACGACAGUCUUGUACCUAGAGGGUGUGUUGACGGCACUUUAGAUCAGUCCAUGUUAGGAUUGGGCGGAUUCCAUACUCAUACAGGACUGUAUAUCGGAGAAAGAAAAAAGGUCAAAACUAAUACGAUCUGAAAACAUUUAAAAUGAGACACUGUCACAUCUGCACACAGAUGGAGCAUUAUGUUUCUGAAAUGGCUGCUUAUUGAUAGGCGGUAAAUGCAUUAACAACUAAGUUGCUUAGAGGGGCAAUAUGUAGAAUUAAUAUUUUUUUUGAAUCUCAUGGUUGUUGCAAGAUUCUCAAAGUGCGAGCAUAGUGAUUAGGCUGCAGAUCAGUUACGGCUACAGUCGUCACUGUCGAGAACUGUUCCUGGAACUUAAGUUUAGGAAGGUUGGACUGAUACCAGCAUUGUAUUUUAGGUAAUGGAACCAUCUAUAUUCCAUGUGUCAUCCUGCUUCAUUAUUUAAUUUAAAGUUUCAGCUUGAGAAAUGUCUAAUGUCUAGUGCUGGGAGUUAUGUAUCAACAAACUUUGAAAGAAUUCAUCAUUAUUUCUCUCAAAUCUACGUCGUAAAAGCAAAAGAAUGUCAAACUCAAUAGUCACAUGUGGAUCAAAGCAGCAUAAGGAAGGGUUUCAGUCUGUUCAUGGAAUGGAGGAAAGAGUGAACACGCCAAAUUAAAAGGCUUAAAAAGUCAUAAUUUAUUAAUGCAUUAAUUGUUCAAGGUGAAUGUUAAGUCUGUAGUUCAGUUCUGUUUAAGGCUCAUUAUUCAAGUCUGUAUCAAGUAUUUGUGUGUGCAGUUUCUUUUUUGGCAGCUUCUUAGCACAAAUACAUCAGUUUAUACAAUACAAUAAUAUACAUAUCAGUGCAGCUAAUUAUCUGACCUGACCUGUUCCCAUUUGGCUAAUAUUUGCAACAUUUGACAAAGUUACAUACAAAAAGGCAUUAUAUAUAUAUAUA